UGAAGACCUGGGUGACUCAUCAUGGGGAACCAUGCAGGAAAACGCGAUCAUACUUCUGAGAAGCUAGUUAAGAACGCUGAAACAAAAGUGGAGGAAGAAGAAAGUAAAGAAAGUCCCGACACAACUCAACUAACCCAACAGACCUCAGAAGAUAAUGAAGUAUUUGGAGAGGCAGAUGUGAACCAGAACAAUGGGACCUCCACUAAGAGUACAGCGGUGACAGACUCCAAAGGCACAGCAGAUCCAAAGAAUGCCUGGAAGGAGGCCAACCCAGCUGACACAGUUGGUCGCCCCCACUUGAUCCGCCUCUUUUCCCGAGAUGCCCCUGGAAGGGAGGACAACACCUUCAAAGAUCGGCCCUCAGAGUCAGACGAGCUACAGACCAUUCAAGAGGACAGUGUAGCAGCUUCAGAGAAUUCGGAUUUGAUGGCUUCACAAAAGCGCUCCUCUUUCCGGCACGGAUCAAAAAUGGCAACUGCAAGCACUACAGACCAUGCUAGACAUGGAUCCCCAAGGCACAGAGACUCAGGUCUACUUGACUCACUGGGCAGAUUCUUUGGAGGUGAAAAACAAGUUCCCAGGAGGGGCUCGGGCAAGUCCCUCCGAUUUGGAUGCCAGAAGGAAGGAAAGGACAUACAUGCAGCCAGAGCUAGCCACGUAGGUUCCAUGCCUCAGAGGUCUCAGCAUGGGCGACCUGGUGAUGACAACCCAGUAGUCCACUUCUUCAAGAACAUUGUGUCACCUAGAACCCCGCCUCCAAUGCAAGCAAAGGGGAGAGGAUUAUCCCUCGCCAGAUUUAGCUGGGGAGGUGAAGGACACAAGCCAGGCUAUGGAGGAAGUGGCAAAUUCUAUGAGCAUAAAUCUGCUCACAAGGGACAUAAGGGAUCAUAUCAUGAUGGCCAGGGGACUCUUUCCAAAAUCUUUAAACUGGGAGGAUCUGGCUCCCGACCUGGAUCACGAUCCGGUUCACCAGUUGCUAGACGCUGAAGUUCCACGAUGCCACCCAAGGAUCAAAUACACUGCUUUAUAAUAUUACUGCCUUUAAAUUUAAUAUUAAUUUGCAAGAAUUAUCUAGAUGGAUACAAUCCAUUACUUAAUGUCAUUUGAGUUGUGCAUGCAGUAGGAUCCUACAAACUUCUAUUGGCAAUCCCUGCCCAACAGUUGAAUGAAAGGAAUAUGCAACAUAGCUUUACUAGAUGUUUUCAUUUUUUUUAAUAGCUGGAUGCCUAAUUUUAUUCAUUCUUCUUGAGGAUGUCCUAAUUGUAUGUUGGACUUAAUUUAUUUUUUCAAGCACCUAAUUUAGUCUCAACAAGUCUUAUUUCUUGUUAACUGAGCAACAAAAUGACGUAUGCAUAGAUAGCAAUUAUCUUGGGUUUUGGGCACUGCCAUUAAGAAUUUCUGAAACACUGCUGUAAAAUCAUGUGCAGAAGUUGUAAGGACUGUUAAUCCAAACACUUUUUGUUUGUUUGGGUUUAUUUUUGUUUGUUUUAAUCUCCCUUCUCUCACUCACAGAAUAUUUUACUUUUCAUAACAGGAUUAGGCAGUCAUAGAAAGGUUUAAAAACAUGGGAGUACAAGGUAUGUGAAAUGUGGGAGAGGGCAGCUGUUAGAGUAACAAUGAGAUGCAGAGCAAUAGUAAUAAGGAAAUUAUUUCUCUAUUACAAAUUGUUCACCAUACCCAUACCAUUAGAAUUAAGAGUGGACGAGAGAGAGAAAGAGGGAUUUCAAACUUGGGUUAGACUAACGUCUUACAACAAGAAACAAGGGAUAUUCCCAGAGAAGAAACAUCUAUAAGAUUGCACAUGUGACUACUGGAUGUCACUGUUGCUCCACACAAACACUGCUGCAACAGCCUUUAUUAGAUGUAGGAAAAAAAGUCUAAUUUCUGAAAGAAAGCAAGCCCUUAAGCACUGAGAUUUCAGAUAGUCCUGCACAUCUCAAGUUAGAAUUUACAGUUGCUGUUACUGCAGCAGUGUUAGAAUUGUUAAGCAUAAUCUUCCAGCUAAAUAAGAACAGUUAAAUGCCUAUAAUGGCAGUGCACUAAAGCAAAUUAAUAGUAAACAACUAUGAACAUUUAACUGUUGUAUUGUAGUUGCCUUAUAGAAAUAAAUUAACUAAUGGAUUAGAUUUAGCCAUUAAUUGUUCACAAAUCUACUAAAAGGUACACAUGUGGCAACGGUAUUUCCAACCGCAUGAAGAAAGAAAAAGCUCUUCUGAAUUGCACUGUUUUUUUAACUUGAACGUACUAUUCCUCCCUACAUACCCUUCUUUACUGAUUAAAUGCUUUUAUUUUAGUCUAUAUGUUGUAGAUUCUACAUUUAGAGCUUCCUAGGUUGACAUCCAGUUUCAGCUAUGGUAAUGAAUAUCAGUAGUAGCCUAUGUUAAUGAGACCUGACAAAUACUGCAUGAUGUUAAUUCUAUUUCAUUUCUGUAGGCUUAAAACAAUGUCCAUUAAUAUGCAGCAAUGAAAGAUGAAAGGAUAGGAAAACACAAACAGAAUAAAACAAAAACACCACCAAAAUUGUUAAGCACACACACCUAUUACAACUUCUUUGAGCUAGAUUGUUGGCUAUGUGUAUUUUUCUAUAUGUAGCUUUACUUAGAUGUACGCUCCGCAACAUAAUAGUCAAUUUCAUUUAAAUGUGCACUUUUAAGUGUAAGAACAUGGCUUUUUAAAAACAUUCAUUGGUCAAAUAAAAUAAUCACUUGUAAUGAAA